AUGGCCCCUUCAACGCCCAUCCGAAACGGCAAAGAACUACACCAACUAAUCGAGUCCCUAAACGAGCAAUUCACCCUCGAUCUCCCGAAUCCUCAGGCGUAUUCGCCAUCUGUCUCUGCGGAGCUGAGGAACGAGCAGGAGCAGACGCUGCGAUGGAAGUGCUAUUCUGGGAUUAAGAGGGUGUAUUUUAGUCGCAAGGUUGAUGUGGGGGAUUUGAUUAAUAGUUUUGAGGAGUGGAUUGUUGCGCAGUCUUUUGCUGGUGGUGGUGGGGGGGGAUUUUGGGGAGCGAGGAGGUCGGAUGCGACGACGAGGAUUGCCUCGAGGAAUCAGAUGAAUGGGGCUGGGAGGAAGUGUAUUUCGCAGAAGGAGAGGGAUGCAAGGUUGAGGCAUCUUGUGAAGUUGAUUUAUGAUGAGAUCUACCUGCUCAAUGAGGGAAUGAUUCCGCCGUUUAGACGGAAUGGGCCGACGAAAAGGAGGUAUUCAGACGAUGAAGGCGAAUACCAUACAGCGCCAAGCUCACCAUCCAAGAACGGCGAAGAUGAAUUUCCCGAUCCUACGCUGGAUAAUACAAAUUGGACAUUGGAUUCUACGCAAUCAGUCUCAAGAACUAGCAGCAACAGCAGCCAUGUCUCCAAAGGCCCCAAGAGGGGCCCAGGAAGCUUCGUCGAGCGGCUGACAGCGCCCGAUCCGCCGUCUUUUCGAUACGAUGCCGUGCCACCAGAGCAGAACAACGCUCGAUACAGCUUUUCAACGACUACGACGUCCUACAAUGAAUCCAGGAAGGACAGUGGCCUGGGCGUUUCUUUUGCAUUGAAUGCCACAGAGCCAAUCGAAUCUCUCAUGGAGCCAGAGACACAACACGAAGGCUCUGUCGUGGGCCACAUGCUCAGCCAGGAGAUGAAAACUACCUUCAGCACCGAAGCUAUGAGCGAGGCAUCUAAUGCCAUAUAUCUGGAACAAGAAGAGAUCGUUGCAGAACUCCUGCGCAAAGGACCCUUCUCGCUUGAACGCUCGUUCCCGCCUUCCAUCUCACUACGAUACCGGUACGAACUGGAGCGGAUAGGCAGAGCCUGGGAUGUCCCGUUUGACCGGAUGCUGGUGGGUGAUAGCAUCUCAUUCAAAACGUACGACAGCUUCUGCGGGUGGAUUGCGGGACACAACCAGCGAGAUGGAAAACUGCUUCCCGAGCGGUCGAAUCGACGGGCCUGGGAUUCUGCGAUAGGGGAUUUCAAAUCAGACAAACAUUCCGAGGUAGUUGUGUUUUCUGGGGAGUUGGACUGGUGCGAGCCUGAUCAGCCAGGGAUUCUAAGAUUGAGACUGAAUCCGCUCAAGACGGAAAAGACGUGUCGGUUUCAUCGACGCUUCGGAUCAGAUCGGUUCCUGAGCUUGACGAUGCCAGCGCCGACAAGGCCGCCAGAAGAAUUGCGUCUGCCGUCCCAGUCGUUGCUACUACGCGAGAGUCUGGCUUCGUGGUUGACACAGAAUGUCCACCGUUGCAUGGGCCGGACAUGGCGGCCAUUCUUCGUGGAGGAAGCCAAAUCAAAACGCAAAACCAAGUCUGAACCGCGAUUCAAAGUUGAAUUCUUCGCUAUCGACGGCGAAGACUUCGACCAUACCUACCGCCUCCCGCCAAGCAUCGCACCACCGCGCCAGGAAAGCGAGAACCGCACGCCGAUGACCAUUGAAGCCCUAAGGGACUGGCACAUGCCCGCGGAAGCGAAUAUGUCGCAGUCGAACUGUAAACUCUUUCAGCGUAUCUCGAUCGGUUUGUCCAAGACAUUCGCGACUGCGGUACUACGGCCGCGACAAGUUCUGCAUCUGCGCGAUAAGCCCGGUCAGACUGUCAUGAAUGACGGGUGUGCGUUGAUGUCUCGGGGGUUGGCGAAGGAGAUAUGCGAUUCGUUGGGGAUUUCAGGAAACACGCCUAGUUGUUUCCAGGGACGAAUUGCGGGUGCCAAGGGGUUGUGGAUGGUUGAUCGACGCCGGUCACAUCCUUUUGCUGACGAUGAUGAUAUCUGGAUCCAGAUAUCUGAUUCGCAAUUGAAAAUCGAACCGCAUCCGGAGUCGUGGCAAGAGCCCAUUGACGAGGAAAAGUUGACGUUUGAGGUUGUCAAGUGGUCGAAGCCAUUACACCCUGUCGAGUUGAAUGUGCAGUUACUGGGGAUCUUAGAGAAUGGUGGCAGUGUCAAGGAAUACAUUGCUGAAUUGACCCGUGAGGGCAUUGAUGCGUUAUACAGGGACUUUGCUGAGGUCUUGCAGUCGAAUAGCAAUAUCCUGUGCCGCAGUUUGAUACAGAAACUCCGGCCGGCUGAUGAUAAUUCUGGAUUGAUGGCUUACAAGGUCCGACGGCUGGAGCAGUGGGUUGCUAACGAUAUCGAGGGGAUCGUCCGCUUUACCGAGGCUGGCUUUGCGCCGCAGAGCUUCUAUCCUCUCCGUAAGCGGCUGGGGAGAUGUCUGCGUGCAUUGCUGAAGCAGUAUGUAGAUGAGUUGCAUAUUGAGGUACCACUGUCGACGUAUGCGUUUUGUAUCGCUGACCCGUAUGGCGCUCUGAGGCCUGACGAGGUCCAUCUCGGGUUUUCCAAUAACUGGCAAGCGGGUGGUUUUGCGUUCGAGGAUAAUCUGCUCGAUGGUAUGGAUGUUCUCGUCGGGAGACUACCUGCUCACCUACCUUCCGAUAUCCAGCGUAGACGCGCUGUUUGGAAACCUGAGCUGCGCCAUUUCAAAGAUGUGAUUGUCUUCUCGACGCAGGGCGAUAUGCCCCUGGCACAUAUGCUUUCCGGCGGUGACUACGAUGGUGAUACACCAUGGAUAUGCUGGGACCAGAAGAUUGUGCAAAGUUUCCAGAAUUCGGAUCUACCCGAGCAAGAACUGUCGUAUCCGGCAGAGCAUUUCGGGUUCACGAAGCAUUCGGUGCCAAUGCGCGAGAUCCAGUCUCCGGAUGAAUUCUGGCAGAGGGUGUUUACGUUUAACCUGACGCUGUCAAAUCUGGGACGGUGCACGGUUGAGCAUGAGAAAGUCUCGUACGAUGAGUCGAUUAACUCGCGGAAUGCGAAAGAACUAGCCAGUCUUUUGGGCCAUUUGGUCGACGGCCGGAAGGGUGGCGUGCAUCUCUCAGAACAAGCAUGGCGGCAAUAUCGCAAGCGAAUUAGCCCUCGCACGCGAGAACCCCCCGCAUACCGCAACUUAGGACGACGGUACAAAACAAGCAACAUCAUCGACUACCUCAAGUUCUGGGUUGCGUCACGACAGCGCGACACCGUGCUUGAGCAGCUAGAGCGCCAAUUCCCCGAAGCGGCCAUCAUGCGGGACCUCGACGAGGAUCUCAUCCGGCCGUGGAACGAGGCAUGUCAGCUAGCGCAGGCUGACAAGGUGGACAGCGGAAACCUCCAAGCCAUACUGGAAAAUACGGUGCAUGAGUUCAACAACUUAAAGCAGCAAUGGAGCAGUUCCUUCCGCGGCGAGAACAACACUAUGCGCGAGUUCACUCAGGCGCGCGAGGCCGCAGAGCGGGCCAAGGCCAUCCCGCCACCGACUGCGAAGCGGGGCGACCACCCACUUCUACAUACCUGGCGGCAUGACCACGGCGCGUGGAUGCGAGUGCUAGCCUCUUGUGCGUACAAAAAGUGCCCAGAGGCUAGCUUCGUCAUCCACGCCUUCGGGGAGAUACUCUGUCAGAUUAAAGCGAGUACCAUACCCUCACGGACAGUCACGAAUGAAAUCUUGGCUUGUUACCGGUUUAACCAGAAGGCAGCGUCGCGGUUGACAGCGCGCGAGAUUCCUGCGAGUGGUGAAGAGGUGGAUGAGUUUGAGUAUGAGGGGGAGUAUGCCAUUGAGGCAAUGUGUCUGCAUGGGACGCAGCAGGUUCUUGGGGGGUAUUGGGAUCCGAACGAUACGUUUUCCGUGGGGUGA